AUGGGGGGAUCGCUGCGCGAGCUGGUCGCCGGCGGCGCCGGCGGCGCCUCCAUGGUCGUCGUCGGCCACCCGCUGGACACGGUGAAGGUGCGCAUGCAGGCGUCCGACGGCUACCGGUCCGCGCUGCACUGCGUCAUCCGCACGUCGCGCGCCGAGGGCCCCCUGGCGCUCUACAAGGGCAUGAUCAUGCCCCUCGGCGCGACGUCCGCCGUCUUCGCCCUCUGCUUCAGCGGCUACGAGCACGGCAAGCGCCUCCUGGGCUCCGGGGGCGCGCCGUCCGUGCGCGAGGCGGCGCUGGCCGGCGCGUUCUCGGCGCUGUACACGACGCCGGUCCAGGCGCCGCAGGAGCUGCUCAAGUGCCGCAUGCAGCAGGCGACGGGGCGCGUCACCGUGCGCGCGGCCUUUGGCGAACUCUGGGCGUCGGGCGGCCUCGCCGCGCUCUCGCGGGGCUUCUCUGUGACGCUCGCUCGCGACGCCGCGGCUUCGGCGGUCUACUUCGCGACCUACGUCUGGACGAAGCGCGAGCUCGCGCGGGUGCCGGCCUUCCGCGGCGACGACGGCCGCGCGUCCUUCCUCGGCGUCUUCGCCGCGGGCGCCGCCGCGGGCGUCAUGAACUGGGUGCCCGCGAUCCCGCUCGACUUCCUCAAGACGCGCUACCAGGUCGACCCGACCUACACGGGCGCCUUCCUCGGGCGGCGGCCCGUCGCCGCGGAGGUCCUCGCCGCGGACGGCCUCCGCGGCGUGUUCCGCGGCACGCAGGCCACCUUCCUCCGCGCGGUCCCGGCGAACGCGGCCUGCUUCGGCGGCUACGAGGCCUGCGUCCGCGCCUUCGACACCGCCUGA